AUGCAAGUAGUAGAUAGCCAGGGUGAUUUGCUAGAAGGAGUAAAAUGCAUUGUAAGUCUUCCUGCAUCUGGAGUGAGAUAUUCUCUUGCAUCUAAUCCUGGACAAGUAGCAGUUCAACGAGGAUCAGGAACAGUAUCUAUUAAUUGUAAAAAAUCAGGUUAUGAACAGUCAGAUGUGAUGGUAGGUGAAGAUUUUAAUAAAGUUACUUUAUUAAACGUAGUGUGGCUGCCUGGUUUUGCUGUUGACGCAAUUACUGGAGCUUAUAAACAGUAUCCAUCACACUAUAUUAUAACUAUGAGAGAGUCUGGUUCAUAA